UUUUCGGAUUGUCAAGUAUUCGGAUAUAUUCCCUAUAAUCGAGUCGGAGACUUCACCUGAUUUAGAGAUAUUUUCCCGAUCUAACCACUAUUUCUCGUUCGAAAGACAAAGCGUCUUUUGAUCAAAAGGAAGGAUUUAUUAUAUCAGUAUGGAAAGCAGAAGGUUAAGUGAUGCAGAUCUUCUAAAUAUUUUGGAAAAUGACCUGCAGACUACCGUGGCAAACACUUCUUAUGAGAACCAGUCAAAUGAAAGUGACCAUGCAAACCAGUCUGUUAUAACAACCAAUGAAAAUGGAGAGAACAUAAAUCAAAGUCACAACAUUAAUGAAAAGUUUGAAGUAGAUAAAAGUAAAGCAGACAUAAGAAUGGAGAAACUUGAGAUGUCUGAAACUGCUGAUGACUUUAACGAGAAUGCCAUGGCACAUAUUAGCUUGAAUGUCAAUGAAGCAGAACUUGAUAUCUUGAAUGAUUCAAGUACAGAGGACGAGGAAGAAUUAAACAAUGAAACUGAAAAAAUGGAUGAUGAUGUGGCAUCCAAUAUAAAAGAAAGUAGUAAGAAACCAAUGUCACCAUUGCACUGUGCCAUAUGCAGCAAUUAUUUUGAUUGUCCCAAACUUCUGGAUUGUUUCCAUACAUUUUGCAAACCUUGCUUGAUGAAGCAGGUAAAGAGUAAUCAUAAAUUUAUAUUCUGUCAGAUAUGUAGAUAUAGAACUAAUAUUCCAAAAGGCGGUGUUGCAAAGUUAAUGGAUAAUGUGGUUGCAGCUGGUCUUAUUGCAGCCAAAUCUGAGAAGCAACAGUUAUCUGAGUGUAUGAUUUGCAAGUUGCACAAUGAGGUUAAAGCCAGUGCCGGUCAGUGUAUUGAUUGUGGCGACACGAUGUGUGAGGAUUGCUGCGAGAAACAUACUUUUUCUCGUCUGACUGCAAAUCAUAAAGUUGUACCACUGGCAGAACUGAAAAGCGAGGAUUAUUUGAAACUACAGCAAAAGACAAAGGUGAUAAAAUGCAAGCAACAUUCAUACGAAGCCGCAGAAUUUUUGUGUAGUGAUUGUUGUGUACCAGUUUGCAGAGAUUGCACAAUGUCGGGUCAUAGGUUACACAAAUGUCAAUUUCUGAAUGAAGCCAUUGCAGGGAAAAAGGAACAUAUUCAAAAGGAACUUGAAGCUUUAAAGCAAGAAUGUGCUUUGAAACUAGUUGAUGACACUGAAGAAUCUGAAAUUUUGAUUUCAGAACAUGAGCAGAAGGAGUUCAAAAAAUUAAAAGAUACAAAAGAUGCAAUGAUUUCAAUCAUUGAGCAAAAGUAUGAUAAAUGUGCUGAAAAACUGCAACAGGAAUUUGAUAUCAAACGAAGAAAGUAUUGUAAACAUAAAGCAACAUUUAUUCGAGCAAUGCAUAAAGAUGUAGGUAUUCUUGCAGAAAAUGUUGACUUUAUGUUAAAAGAGGGUGGUGAAGUUGAAAAUACUAUAUUGGAGACAUUCAUAAUCUCUGCAUUGGAACAGAAAAAAGUUAAAUUGACAAAAUUACGUCCAAAACUGACAAGACACAACAACUUCCCGAAAGCUCAUGUAUAUAGGGAGCAUAUCAAGGUUUUAGAAGGAUUGACCUUCUUUUCUACAGAUCUGCUUGUUAGAGAUCAGAAUCUCAAAGAUCAAGCAGAAAAGAUAGCCCGUAGUGCUAUGCAUGUUGAGAAUGCUGAAGUGAGAAUGAAGAUAGGUCGUAACUUUCAGAUGGAAUUUAAUGAUGCUCCAAGUCCUACACAAGCUCAGUCAGUGAUGCCAACGAUGAUGUCAGAUGUAAGAACUCAGAUGGCUGCUAACUUUCAAACUGGAAUGAACUUUGUACCACAGUCCAGAACUGACAUGCAGCCCCCUUCAAUAUUGUCUAUGAAUUUGUCAAAUUUAAGGGCGCCAGUCGGAAGGGGUAGGGGAACUUCUUACCAGAGUGGUUCAGACACUAAGUCGUCACUACUAGGAGAAUAUACAGGUCAAAAUAUGUUUGCAUUGCAAGAUGCUUUAAGCGAUAAAUCUUCACAGUGUAGUGACAGGUCACGAAACAGAAGGUAUCGGCCAAAGUUAAAGGAACAAACUGGUAUGCCAAGGGGCCAAAGAUUUAGAUUAAAUUUAAGUACAUCACUUAAUGUCAAGGUAAUAAUGGACCAGAAAAUUCCAGAUAUUGUAGAUCUUGUAUUCAUGUCACAUCAGAAUUUUGCUGUGGCUGAUGCCAGAAAUCAUCGACUGAAGUUAUUCAGCUUCUGUGGAAAGUUUAUUAAGUACAUUGAUGAUCCAGGUCCCAUGUCUGUCACCUUCUGUGCAAACCAUCUAAUAUGGAGCAGCCAGUUUUCAUCCAUCAAGCUGUAUGAUGUUCAGUGUCAGAAGAUAGUGAGGAUAGAAAGAGUGCCUCAGACAGCAGCGCAUCCCCUUACUGCUUUCAGCAGUGUCAAAUACCUUGUAGGAAACAAAGUUCAGUCCAAGGUGGAGGCAUGCACCAUUGAUGGUUCUCAUGCUCACGUGAUACAGCCGAAGGACAGGAAUGGAUUACCACUACCUGGCAUCACACAUAUUGCAGCUAGAAGUUUAGAUCAGUUGGUCAGUGUUGAUGGGCAGUUGAAGAAAGUUGUUGUGAAUGAUUUUGAUGGGAAUUUCGUUGGGGAGUAUAGCCAUGGUGAGUUUGAGCCCGGAGGAGCAUGCAUUACUGAGCAUGAUAAUAUCUUUGUGACGGACAGAAAGAGGAACAAAUUGAUCUUGCUGAAUGCAAAGGCAGAGUACAUCAAGGACUGGAAUACACUGAUUGAUUCUCCAUCAUGUGUGGCAUCCAAUGGCAACGGGAAUAUCAUUGUUGGCGGAAAUGGCAAAACUGUUAGUUUGUAUCAGUAUACAUAUGAGUAAUAUAUGAAUACUGCUGAUUUGUUUGUAUGAUAUCAUGGGGUAUUAUAUACUUUUUGCAGUAUUAAGAGUGUGUAUUGUGUAGAAAGGUUGUGUUGUAUAAACAGCUAGAAUUGAAAAUUUAAACACAUGGAAUAUGCAUUGAAAAAGAAGACAUAGACAUAGGAUUUUACCGUGUUGAUUAGACCUUAAAUAUAUGUUGUAUAUGCAGUCAUGAACCAAGAUUUUCAUACCUUGUGUUGUAUAUAGACAACUUUGGGAGAGUAUGGGAUAUUUGUUUAACUGUAUACAUAAUCAUAGAAAAGAAUUCUUGUGUGUUUUGAUUUGAGGAUAAAAUGUUUUAGGGUCAAGUGUUGUAUACCUGUGUUCAAUGAGGCAGUCUUACCAUAUACAUCUUUGAGUUGCAUUUGCCUUAAGGUAGAGCAAGGUAGGGAUUGUUGUACUAUGAGCUUAGGCUUGUCUCAUAUUGUACAUUCAUCACAAGAUUGUCAUAUACAUUGUAUUAUUGUAUAGUUCAUGUAAGGUUUGUUAUGUUAUAAGAUUUUCUCAGAUUGUACAGCAGUAACAAGAUAAUAACACAUUAUUGUUCACAGUUGAGUCUCUCAUUGUGUAUAAGAAUUUUUGUGUUAGAACAAGAUUGCCUAAUAUUGUACAGUAAUGACAAGGUAGUUGCAAACUAUUGUUUUUCCCUUAUAUGAAACUCAAAGCAUUAUUUUGUUGUAAUUAAAUUGUUUUGUUUUGACAAAACAAGAGAGACACAUGGUGAAUUUUCUCUCGUAGGAAAGAAUUUAGUUUAGGAGUAAGUGUCCUAUUUUUUUGUCAUAACAAGAUAGACACAUAGUGUAGCUUUCCUUAUAUGAAUGAAUUAUUAUUUUAGAAGAAGAAUGUGUCAUUUUCUUUUGUCAUAACAAGAUAGACACAUUAAGUAGCUCCCCUCAUAGGUAGGAACUAUUAUUUUAGAAGGAGAAUGUGUCAUUUUGUUUUGUCAUAACAAGAUAGACACAUUAAGUAGCUUCCCUCAUAGGUAGAACUAUUAUUUAAGAAGGAGAAUGUGUCAUUUUGUUUUGUCAUAACAAGAUAGACACAUUAAGUAGCUUCCCUCAUAGGUAGGAACUAUUAUUUUAGAAAGAGAAUGUGUCAUUUUGUUUUGUCAUAACAAGAUAGUCAUAUAAAGUACCUUCCCUCAUAGGUAGGAACUAUUAUUUUAGAAGGAGAAUGUGUCAUUUCGUUUUGUCAUUACAAGAUAGACACAUUAAGUAGCUUCCCUCAUAGGUAGGAACUAUUAUUUUAGAAGGAGUAUGUGUCCUAUUGUUUUGUCAUAACAAGAUAGAAACAUAGUGUAGCUUCCAAUAUAGUGAAGAAUUAUUAUUGUAGAAGGAGAAUGUGUCAUUUUGUUUUGUCAUAACAAGAUAGGCACAUUAAGCAGCUUCCCUCAUAGGUAGGAACUAUUUUUUAGAAGGAGAAUGUGUCAUUUCGUUUUGUCAUAACAAGAUGGACGCAUUAAGUAGUUUCCCUCAUAGGUAGGAACUAUUAUUUUAGAAGGAGUAUGUGUCCUAUUGUUUUGUCAUAAUAAGAUAGAAACAUAGUUUAGCUUCCAACAUAGUGAAGAAUUAUUUUUUUAGAAGGAGAAUGUGUCAUUUUGUUUUGUCAUUACAAGAUAGGCACAUAGUGUAGCUUUUCUCAUAGGAAGGAACUAUUAUUUUAUAAUGAGAUUGAUCGUAUUGAUUUUUCAUAGCAAGAUAGACAUAUGUUGCAGUUUCUCUCUAAGGAGAGCAUUGUUGUAAGGAGAUUGCAACCUGUUAUUAUUACCAACAAGAUAUGCACAUGUUGUAUUGUAUUUCCUAUCAAAGUAUUUUAACCUGUGAAAAGGUCCACUUUUUGGCUCUCACAGGCAUUACAUUUACAUACAGGUUUGAAUGCUGUCACAUGGAACAACUGUUUGAUAACGUAGACAUCUUUAUAGAGAGAGCAACCUUGUGUUUUUUACUGUAGAACUUCAUUCCCUUGAUCUCAACAUGACAAACAAAAUUUGUUCGAGUUAUCAGUAGUUCAUGUCACUGAACAAUGUACAUUAUAAAGAUAUUUUCCUCGGACCUGAUGAUGAGUUUAUGCAAAGGUUGGUUCACUAAUUACCCAAGUUUGAGGGAACAAAGUUUGAUUGUAUAUAAAUUGGAGAAAUUUGACAAAGUUGUUACAUUAACUUCAGGUAGUUUAUAGGUACAGGGUUUGGUACAUCAGUUCAGAGGUGUAAACUACAGGUAGUUUAUAGGUACAGGGUUUGGUACAUCAGUACAGUGAGGUGUAAACUACAGGUAGUUUAUAGGUACAGGGUUUGGUACAUCAGUACAGUGAGGUGUAAACUACAGGUAGUUUAUAGGUACAGGGUUUGGUACAUCAGUACAGUGAGGUGUAAACUACAGGUAGUUUAUAGGUACAGGGUUUGGUACAUGAACUACUGAGGUGUCAGAAAAAGUCAGAAUUUCUGAUGUAUUUGAUGCAUUCAAUAAGGAACUGGUAUUUCUGGUCAAUAUCUUUGAUCCUUAUGAUAAUAUUAUGAUAUUCAUAUUGUCAUCACUUAAAACAAAAAAAUACAACAUACAAAAGUCAUGUGAUGAAAUACAUGAACCUAGUAUUAUUAACCUUGAUAUAAGAUCAUUCCACUAAAAACUGAAUUGUGAUAUUUCAUCUUUAUACUUACUCUUGUGACAGUUAUUCGAUAUUUAAUUGUUUUUUAUUAUGUUAAACUAUAUAUAUAUAUAUAUAUAUGUGGGUUUAAAAUUGCCUCCAGAUCUAACAUCUCAUCAAAAAAUUUAGAUGUUGUUAUUAUUCUUUCUAACUCGCUGAAAGACUUGAUUCUGUCAAAUGUAUUUUAGAUUAUUUUGCUUAAUGUAUGAUGUAAGGUUUGUAUUUUUUGGAAAACAAAUAAUUUUUAUCAUGUUUAAUUCCCUUUAAUCAGUUUUAAAUUGAUUUAUUUGUUUCAACCCAAUAUACCUGUUACUUUUGAUGAACAGGGAGUACAAGAUCAGUUACUUACUUACUUGCUGGUUUCAUUUUAACUUCUUUUCCCAGUUGGUGACAUGCAAAUUAAAAACAUUUGUGACUAUUCAGUAACAUUAUGAUCUCUGAAAGUACGACUAACAACUACUCACGAAUUGUUAAUAUCUCGGAUAUGUCUGUAUUCUAUCAAAUUGUAAAAUAAAAGAGAUGUGGGCAGUACCUGCAUGAAGUGGUCAUAAAUAUAUUCUUUGAAAUUUUAUGUGCAAUAAUCUUUUUUGAGUUCUUGAAUUAAGUCUCUUUCCACUAAGCCAUAUUACAACUACAUCUGUAACUUGUUUACUCAGCUUGUACAGUUUCUAUCUAGUUCAAACAAAACUUGAUAUUCUUCAUCAAUAUGAAGUGGACAUGCACAUUUAUGGAGGCUUUUAUGUUGGAUUAUUGUUAUGCCCCCCUUUGAAGGAGGGGUAUAUUGUUUUGCAGAUGCCGUCCUGUGGGUAGGUCAGUCCGUCCGUCGGUAUGUAGACCAAUUGGUUUCCGGAUGGUAACUCAAGAACGCUUAGGCCUAGGAUCAUGAAAAUAGAUACGGAGGUUGGCCAUAACCAGCAGAUGACCCCUAACGAUUUUGAGAUCAGUAAGUCAAAUGUCAAGGUCACAGUGACCUGUAGUAGUUGAAUGGUUUCUGGAUGAUAACAAGAAAGCUUGUGCCUAGUAUAAUGAAAGUUGAUUUUGAGGUUGGUCAUGACAAGUAGAUGACCCCUAUUGAUUUUUAGAUCAGUAGGUCAAAGGUCAAGGUCACAGUGACCCGGAACAUUUGAACAGUUUCCAGAUGAUAACUCAAGAAUGCUUAGGCCUAGGAUCAUGGAAGUUGAUAGGGAGGUUGGUCAUAAGCAAGAGAUGACUGCUAUAGAUUUGAGGUCAGUAUGUCAAAUGUCAGGGUCACAGUGACCUGGAACAGUUAAAAGUUUUCCGGAUGAUAACUGAAGAAUGCUUGGGCCUAGGAUCAUUAAAGUUGAUAGGGAGGUUGUUCAUAACCAGCAGAUGACCCCUAUUGAUUUUGAGGUCAGUAGGCCAAAGGUCAAGGUCACAGUGAUCCAGAAAAGUUAAACUGUUCCAUAUGCUUGGGCAUAGGAUCAGGAAACUUGAUAGAGAUAUUGAUGUGAUCAGCAGAUGAUCCUUAUUGAUUUUGAGAUUAGUAGGUCAAAGGUCAAGGUCACAGUGACCCGGAUCAGUUAAACGUUUUCCAGAUGAUUUCUCAAUAAAGCUUGGGUCUAAGAUCUCGAGACUUGAUAGGGAGUUUUUUUGUAACCAGCAGAUGACCCUUAUUGAUUUUGAGGUCAGUAGGUCAAAGGUCAAGGUCACAGUGACCCGGAAGAAUUAAACUGUUUCCAUAUGAUAACUCGAGAACGCUAUGGCCUAGGAUCACGAAAUUUGAUCGGAAAGUCCAUCAUGGUCAGCAGAUGACCCCUAUUGAUUUUGAGAUCAGUAGGUCAAAGGUCAAAGUCACAGUGACCCAGAACAGUUAAAUGGUUUUGCGGAAGAUAUCUCCAAGACGGCUAGGGCCUAGGAUCUCGAAACUUAUUAGGGAUGUUGAUCAUGACCAGAAGAUGACCCCUAUUGAUUCAGAGGUAAAUAGGUCAAAGGUCAAGGUCACAUUAACCUAGACAGUAGAACUUUUGUGUACAGUAACCAAAUAAUUUCUGUUUCUUGUGCAUUUACUGAAUGCAUCAAGUGUGUGUGGGGGUGGGGGUGGGGUGCAUUUCGUGUUCUGCGAGCUCUUGUUAUUUUUAGGUCACCUAUAUACACAGUGCUGAUGAUGGGACUUUAGGAUCUUGAAUUUCCAUCAUCUUUCGUUCAACAUCCACUAUUUAAAGAACAUCACAGUCUAAAUCGUCUAGCCAGUCGCAACCAACCUUUACAACCACAUUUCACAGGAAUGUUCCUUUGGUGGUCACCUUUUAGAUUCCUUUUAAAUCUAGGUCAUCCUUGCAGAAUUCUGAUUGCCAUGGCCGUCAAAAGAAAAAGAUUUACUCGUAAACUUCUGAUCCAGUUAAGAAAAUAGAUGGCCUUUAUAUAUAUAUAAGGAGAUAGGGUUAUUUUCCAUUUAGCGUUUUAUAGAAAGGGUUUGAAAAAUCUUGUUCUUUUCUCAGACCGCUGGCUCAGUUGUAAAAAAAUUUUGAACAGAUUUUUUUAUGGGUGGAUCUCUAUAAUAAAAUUCCAUCAAGCUCCCACCACCAUUGACCCCACCUCCCACCCUACCCUCAUAAUUUGUUUUUACUUAUUUCUUGGGCUUCCUGGUCUUGUCUUUUAAUAUCACGUCCUCGUGCCCACUGCCUAGAUUACCCCACUCACACUUGACACACCCCACUCUUCCUUCUCCACCCGAACACACAAUAAAUAGAAUUAAAAGAAAAUAUUUCUUGGUAUUAUGUGUAUUUUUUUUAUCCUUUUUCUUUAAAGAAUGUCUCACCUUAAACCAAUGUAAUAUAACAGAAUUAAUUCAGGUGUUCAAAUGUCUGGACCUUUUUUCUAUGUUUAAAGGAUAUGUUAUGAUAAGCCAUCACUUCAGUUUUUAAAAUAUGCAAAAAAGUAUAUUUACAGUGGUUUUACUUUACACUUAUUUAACAGUAAAGUUGGACUAGAAGUGUUUUUUAGGACCUAUAUUGCAUGAGAGCAUAGCCCGAGUGUCAGUAGAGAUUUAGGACCUAUGUUUCAUGAGAGCAUAGCCCGAGUGUCAGUAGAGAUUUAGGACCUAUGUUGCAUGAGGGCAUAGCCCGAGUGUCAGUAGAGAUUUAGGACUGCUAAAAGCCAAGUAAGGAACAUCAUUGACAUUUAAUGAGUUAUUUAUUAUAUACCUCAACAUAAUAAUAAUUAUUCGAUUGCUAGAAUCAGUAAACCGUAAAGAAAUGUUAACAUUGUUUUACCAACUUCACAGGAUGAAGUGAUGUAAAAAUUACUUCACUCAUUCAUGGCAGGUCAGUAACCGGUUAUGAUGCCCUCUUCCAGUUAUUUGUUUAAUGCAGAUUUGUUACAUUUAAAGAAAAGUAUAUAAUAAUGUAGCAUACACCUGAAAAUGACCAUUUGUCAAUAGAAAGAAGUCAUAAUUAGAAAAAAAAUAAACUGUUCAUGAUUAAUGUCUGAUUAUUCUGUUACAAUUGUAUUGAAAUUAUCAGAAAUAAUGCAUAUCAGUUAUGUCCCAGAAAUUAUAAUGAUGCUUGAUCUGUUUUCAAAUAAAGUUCUGUUUCAAGUUGAA